AUGGCUUACUCUGGCAACGGAGGCUAUGAUGAGCAUAAGCUCCAAGAUCUUCCACCCGGGGGUAGUUAUCAUCAUCCUCAAGAUGAAGAGGAAGGAGCUUUACCUUUACUCGAUUCUGGUGGACAUGGCGGCCCAUUCAAUAGUCCUUACGAUUCGCACGCUCAGGGAGGUCUGCGGGCGAAUACUCCUCCUGUUAGACCUGUUUCCGCCUACAGUCUUACGGAAACGUAUGCGAACGACCCACAGCCAUACAGCAGCGAUUAUAGUUCCUCCCACACAUACAAUGAGCAAUUAGAAGAUAACCCAUACCCACGAACUAAUUCACCAUUGUCCCGAGCCGAGACUUCUUCCACGGAGGCAUGGAGACAACGACAAGCUCCUCAAGCUGGUGGACUCAAACGUUACGCUACAAGAAAGGUCAAGCUUGUACAGGGAAGCGUCUUGAGCGUCGACCAUCCAGUACCCAGUGCCAUCAAAAAUGCUAUCCAGCAAAAAUACCGAAAUGACUUAGAGGGUGGCAGCGAAGAAUUCACACAUAUGCGUUAUACCGCUGCAACUUGCGAUCCUGACGAGUUUACACUGAAGAACGGUUACAAUCUAAGACCUGCAAUGUACAAUCGUCAUACUGAGUUGCUCAUCGCCGUCACUUACUAUAACGAAGACAAGCAGUUGACCGCCCGUACCCUUCACGGUGUUAUGCAAAACAUCCGCGAUAUCGUCAAUCUCAAAAAAUCUGAUUUCUGGAAUGUCGGUGGACCAGCAUGGCAAAAGAUCGUCGUCUGCCUCGUCUUCGAUGGUAUCGACCCUUGCGACAAAGAUACGCUUGAUGUUCUUGCCACAAUUGGUAUCUACCAAGAUGGUGUCAUGAAGAAGGAUGUUGAUGGAAAGGAGACUGUUGCUCAUGUUUUUGAAUACACAACUCAACUUUCAGUUACUGCCAGUCAGCAACUUAUCCGCCCAACCGAAGGUGAUGCCAACUGUCUCCCGCCAGUGCAAAUGAUGUUUUGCUUGAAAGCAAAGAACACGAAAAAGAUCAAUUCUCAUAGAUGGUUGUUCAAUGCAUUUGGUCGCCUUCUCAAUCCUGAAGUCUGUAUUCUUCUCGAUGCUGGUACCAAGCCAGGUCCCAAGUCCUUGUUAUCGUUGUGGGAAGGUUUCUACAACGACAAAGAUCUUGGAGGUGCUUGUGGUGAGAUUCACGCAAUGUUGGGCAAGGGCGGAAAAAAGCUUCUCAAUCCCCUUGUUGCAGGUCAGAACUUCGAGUACAAGAUCAGUAAUAUUCUUGAUAAGCCGUUAGAAAGUUCUUUUGGAUAUGUCAGUGUGUUACCGGGAGCUUUCUCAGCAUAUCGAUUCCGAGCUAUCAUGGGACGACCCCUUGAGCAGUACUUCCACGGAGAUCACACUUUGUCUAAGAUUCUUGGAAAGAAGGGUAUCGAGGGAAUGAACAUUUUCAAAAAGAACAUGUUCUUGGCCGAGGACAGAAUUCUCUGUUUCGAACUUGUAGCUAAGGCCGGUAGCAAAUGGCAUUUGACCUAUAUCAAAGCAGCUAAAGGAGAGACUGAUGUACCCGAAGGAGCUGCUGAAUUUAUUGGUCAACGUAGAAGAUGGCUUAACGGUUCUUUUGCGGCAGGAAUGUAUUCCAUCAUGCAUUUCGGCAGAAUGUAUAAGAGUGGUCACAACCUUGUCCGCAUGUUCUUCUUGCACAUUCAAUUCUUAUACAACGUCUUCUCCAACUUCCUUAGUUGGUUCAUGUUGUCUUCUUUCUGGCUCACAACUACUGUUAUCAUGGAUCUUGUCGGUACUCCUACUCCCGCUUCGGACACAACUGCACUUCACCAUGGCUGGCCUUUCGGUGAUACUGCUACCCCAAUCAUCAACACAAUCUUGAAGUACCUCUACCUGGGAUUCCUGCUCGUUCAAUUUAUUCUAGCGCUUGGUAACAGACCUAAGGGAUCCAAAGUCACCUAUCUCGUAUCCUUUGUAGUUUUCGGUGUUAUUAACCUUUAUGUCCUUGUCUUAUCCAUGUAUCUGGUCGUUCGUGCUUUCUCGUCAGGAGAUAGUAUUGACACUAGUAACACAAAAGAUUUCUUCGAGAGUUUCUUUGGGAAUAGCUCGAGUUCUGGAGCUGGUAUCAUUAUUCUCGCUUUGGCUGCAACAUUUGGAUUGUACUUUGUUGCAUCCUUCAUGUACAUGGAUCCAUGGCACAUGUUCCAUUCCUUCGGACCAUACCUCUUGCUCAUGUCGUCUUACAUCAACAUUCUCAUGGUGUACGCUUUCAGUAAUUGGCAUGAUGUUUCUUGGGGUACCAAAGGAUCUGACAAGGCAGAAGCUCUGCCAUCCGCGAAAACUACGAAAGUUGAUGGUAAAGCGGCAGUUAUUGAAGAAAUCGACAGACCACAAGAGGAUAUUGACAGUCAAUUUGAGGCGACAGUCAAGCGUGCUCUUAGUCCAUUUGUUCCUGUAGUCGAAGAUGAGAGCAAGACUUUGGAGGAUUCUUACAAAUCUUUCAGAACGAAGCUUUUGAUCUCAUGGGUCUUUUCGAAUGCUUUAUUGGCUGUUGCCAUCACGAGUGACAGUGUUGACGGCUUUGGUUUCGGAGAUACUGCUUCAGUAAGAACUGCCAAGUUUUUCGAGGUUCUCCUUUACUCGACAGCUUUCUUGGCACUUAUUCGAUUCCUUGGAUGUUCUUACUUCUUGUUCAAAUCUGGAAUCAUGUGCUGCUUUAUGAGACGUUAG